AUGAGGAACGGCGAUUACGUGCCAACUCGCUGGGAUGCGCAGGCCGAUGCCGUCAAUGUCCUUUUUGAUGCGAAGACAAACUCACACCCUGAAAACAUGGUCGGCGUCGUUACGAUGGCGGGAAAGAGUCCCGAAGUGCUCGCGACCCUAACGCAAGAUAUCGGCAAAGUGUUUGCUGGUCUGCAUGCCAGUAAGCUUGCAGGCGCAAUCUCUCUGUGCACAGGCAUCAACGUAGCUCAGCUCGCCCUCAAGCAUCGACAGAACAAGAACCAACGCCAGCGCGUCAUUGCAUUCGUUGGAUCACCUGUAUCAGACUCUGAAGAGUCGCUCUUACAACUCGCGAAGAAACUCAAAAAAAACAAUGUGGCCGUGGACAUUGUCAACUUUGGCGAAUUUGAAGAAAACGAGACUAAGUUGUCCAAGUUGGUCGAUACUGUGAACAGCAAUGAGAACAGCCAUCUACUUACUGUACCGACAGGUGCCGGUCCUCUUUCAGAUACCCUGCUCUCCUCCCCUAUUGUCUUACAAGGAAGCGACAGUGAGGCUGGUCCAUCCGGCACGGCUGGUGGCGGCGGCAGCAGUGGCAACGAUUUUCAAUUCGGUGUGGAUCCAAAUGCCGAUCCAGAGCUUGUUAUGGCGCUACGUCUAUCGCUCGAGGAAGAGCAGGCUCGUCAGCGUGCAGCUCAAGAAAGUCAGCCAGACGGGGAAAAUCCGCCUUCUGCUCCUGAAACCAAGCAUCCAGCCGAAGGUGCUACCGGCUCCUUGGUUCCCGUCGAUGCCCCUCCCCUUUCAGGCACAUCUGGUACAGAUACGGAUAUGUCACAUCAGGCUGAGAACGAGGACGAACUCCUUAAACAGGCCAUCGCUUUGUCUCAACAGGAUUCUGCCCCAGAGCCACAAGAGGAUGUGCAAAUGGACUCAGGCGAGUCGAAUCAACAACGCGCUGUCGUUGCAGGCCCGAAUGAAGGAGACCAGGAUGAAGAAAUGACCGAAGAAGAAGCAAUUGCUCGUGCAAUUGAAAUGAGUAUGAUGGACUCUAAAAAUCCGCACACUUAA